UGACUACAAUUCCCAUAGGACAUUGCGGUUUUUGUCUUCCUGUCGAUGACGUAUUUUUUGGCGCACCACGCCUGGCUCCAGCAGUGGUGUGUUGUGGUCAACGAACCUCUAAACGCUCACAGAUAAAGAGAUAAAGGUGUCCCUCACGGAUGUCUCAACAAGCACCGCAGCCGGUUCCCUCCGCCCCGGACUCCCCCGCGCUGCUGGUCACCAGCAACGUGCAGAAAUAUGCCAUCAAGAAAAAGAAAGUCCUGAGUGCGGAGGAAACGGAGCUGUUUGAACUGACCCAGGCUGCAGGGGUCACUGUGGACCAGGAGGUCUUCAAGAUCAUAGUGGACCUGUUAAAGAUGAACGUGGCGCCUCAAGCGGUCUUCCAGACCCUGAAGGCGAUGUGUGCAGGCCAGAGGGUCGCCGAGAGCUGCAGCGGCAUCGAGUCCUCAGCCGCCUCCCACACGACUAGCAUCACCACAGCACCUACAGAGGUCAGAGAAGAGGACUCUUUGGUCUCUGGAAAGAGCCCUAAGCCUCCUGCAGCUCCCCCCUCAGCGUCUGGCCCCAGAGCCACAAGGGUGAACACUAAGAUUGUGGUCUACGGCCCCCAAGACGCUAGCUCUCCUCACUCUCAAGUGCGCAGUAAAGCUGGAGCGAGCCACAGCGAGAAGAGCAGAGAGGCCUCCAGCCAGCGAGUGCAGCGGCAGCCCAGUGCCACCAGGGGGCAGAAGACCAAGAGCUCCGGCAGCAGUAGUUCCUCCUCUCAGAUAAACUCCACAUAGGACUCAGGUCAAUACGAGACCGUUUGUAAAUAUGCUGUUCUUUUAACCUUUAAUUUAUCUGUAUGUUUUAAAGGGUCGGUUCACCCAAGUAAAACCAUAAUCUCUCA